AUGAACUUAAUGGCCACAUCCAACUUAAGUAGCUUUGAUCCAGGCCCAUUCAUCCUCCUGGGAAUCCCAGGACUGCAGAAGUUGCAUGUGUGGAUUGGGAUUCCCUUCUUUAUUAUCUACCUCGUGGGCUUUGCAGGCAACAGUAUCCUUCUCUACCUUAUUUCCAUGGAGCACAGGCUCCAUGAGCCCAUGUUCUUUUUCCUUGCCAUGCUGGCUGCUACAGAUCUCAUCCUGUCUAAUACGUGUGUACCCAAAACAUUGAGCAUCUUCUGGCUGGGUCCCCAAGAAAUCGCCUUUGCUGGAUGUCUUACUCAGAUGUUUUUCCUCCACUUCAGUUUUGCCAUGGAUUCUGCCAUCCUGUUGGCUAUGACAUUUGAUCGCUAUGUGGCUAUUUGCUUCCCCCUACAAUAUAACAUGAUUCUCACUCGUCAGAUUGUUACUAAAAUAACAAUGGGCAUUAUCAGCAGGAGCUUUUGUAUCAUCUUCCCCUGUGUGUUCCUAUUAAAGCGAUUACCUUUUUGUAGAACCCUCAUUAUCCCCCACACAUAUUGUGAGCACAUAGGCAUUGCCCGGCUUGCCUGUGCAGACAUCUCCAUCAACAUCUGGUAUGGCUUUGCUGUGCCUAUCAUGACUGUCACGUCAGACCUGAUCCUCAUUGGUGUCUCCUACACUCUCAUCCUUCGUGCAGUCUUCAACCUUCCAUCCUGGGAUGCUCGCCAGAAGGCCCUAAGCACAUGUGGUUCCCAUGUGUGUGUCAUUCUUAUAUUCUACACACCAGCCAUAUUCUCUGUCCUUGCCCACCGUUUUGGUCACAAUAUUCCUCACUCUUUCCAUAUACUGUUUGCCAACCUCUAUGUAGCCAUCCCUUGUGCACUCAAUCCAAUCAUCUAUGGAGUAAAGACCAAGAAGAUUCGU